AUGACAACAAGUAGAAUACCAUCAGAUUAUUAUGCAUCUGAUGAAUUCACAUAUAAAAAUAAUACACAUGGUGUUAUUACAAAUAAAACAAGAAAGGGAAGUUAUAACAUUGUUGAAAAAGAUUAUGGUGAUCAUAAAGUUAUUUAUCAUAUUCCAAUUGAAUAUGGUGAUGAUUAUGAUAUAUCAGAACUUGAAAAUAUGCCAACUGUUGCACAAGAACAACCACCACCACCACCACCACAACAACAACGUAGUUCACCAAAAUUAAUUCGACGUCGAAUUAUUCAUCAAUAUAGGGAUUUUGAUAAUGACAAUGAUUAUGAUUAUGUUGAAGAAAUGCCAAUGGUACCACCUCGUGAACAUGUAUAUUUUUCACCAAGACGACAAAGAGAUAUACAAGUUGUAGAUCGUACUUAUCAAGCACACCCAGCACCAGAAACAAUAGAAUAUGUUUAUGAAGAUGAUUAUUCAGAUGAUCUUGAUUAUAUACCAGAAAAUGAAGAACCAGUCGAAUAUGUUGUAAGAGAACGUGUACCAAGACAAAGAUAUAUGGAAGAACCCCGACCCAUUCGACGUCUAGUUUAUACCCAAGAUCCUUCUAUACCUCUUUCAUCUUCAAGAAUUACCCCACCAACUUUUUCUCCUCCUUCACCUGUUCAUUCUCCCUAUCAACCAACUCCUCGUUCGGUUGUUUCUCAAAAAUCACCAACACAAGUUUCUGCCAAACCAAUUCGUCGCAAUGAAAUAUCUCCACCACCAUCAUCUAGAAAACAACAAACUGCUCGAUCACCACCAAUAUCUGAAUCAUCAAUAAAAGUAAAUACUCCAAGACCGAAUGAAUCACCUUUACGUUUAAUGGAUAUUAUUGCACAAAAUCGAGCAAAACGAGGUACACGUAUACCUAAACCAAGAUGUGAAGUUGACGAAGAAAAAGUUUAUGAUCCACCAACGUAUAAUAGAAACAUUAUUAAAAAUGGUUUUAUUGUUCAUAAAUAG